AUGGAGACUGCGGAGAAGCCUCCAGCCUUGGCACCGCCGCAGUCCUCUGGGCUGGAGGCGGAGCCCGCUCUGGUGACCUGGGGGGAGCGGCCUGGAGACCUGGGCCCCUGCGAUUUGACCAUCCUUCACUUCAACGACGUUUAUGACGUGGACCCGCGGCCCGAGGAGCCCGUGGGAGGCGCUGCGAGAUUUGCAACAGCUCUAAAAAAGUUCAGUUUCCUGAACCCACUCUUGAUUUUUAGUGGUGAUUGCCUAAAUCCUUCCGUCUUAAGUACAAUAACAAAAGGAAGACAUAUGAUUUCUAUACUAAAUGAAUUGGGAGUCCAUUUUGCCGUUUUUGGAAACCAUGAGUUUGAUUUUGGUGUUGAUGUUUUAGAAGAAUACAUGAAACAAAUGCAUUUUACAUGGUUUCUCAGUAAUGUCUAUGACAGAUUUACUUCUGAACCUCUUGGACAUGCUGUAGUAAAAAAAUUAGUUAAUUGGAACAAUAUAAAAAUUGGCUUAAUGGGAUUAGUUGAAGAAGAUUGGCUAGAUACUCUGGCCACUGUUAAUAAGUCAAAUGUAGACUAUAAAGAUUAUGUUGAUGUUGCUAAUGAAAUAGCAGUAGAACUGAAAGAAGAAGGAGCAGAUCUUGUUAUUGCAAUAACUCACAUGAAGUGGGGAAAUGAUACAAGGCUUGCCCAAGGAGCAGAAGGAGUCGAUUUGAUUCUUGGAGGCCAUGACCAUGAAUAUGGAAUCAGGAAAGUAAAUGAAACUUGGAUUGUCAAAAGUGGAUCUGAUUUUAAAAACCUGACAAAAAUAAAUAUAAGACUUUUUGAUUCAUCUUUCCAAUGCAUAUUCGAGAAAGUGGACAUUUUAAGUUAUUUGGAAGAAGAUUCAUAUAUCAAAGCGAUAGUAAAAGAGUUUACCCAAAACAUACAGUACAUGUUAGAAGAAGUUCUCUGCCCAAUUGAUACGGAAUUAGAUGGUCGUGAAAUUACUGUAAGAAGAAGCGAGAGCAAUCUUGGAAACCUGGUAACUAAUGCAAUGUUGGAGGCUACUCGUGCUGAUGUAGCACUACUUAAUUCAGGCACUCUCAGAUCUGACCGAAUACAUCCACCAGGGAAUUUCACUUUGCACGAUCUUUUGGCUGUUCUUCCCAUAGUAGACCCAGUUUUAGUUGUCAGGGUAACAGGUGCACAGCUGCUUGAUGCACUUGAAAAUGGAGUUUACAAAUACCCAGCUUUAGAUGGGAGAUUUCCUCAAGUUGCUGGAAUAGAGUUUGGAUUUGACCCAGAUGCAGAGCCAGGACACCGAAUCAUAAGAGACACUGUGAAAGUUCAAGGGCAGUACUUACAGAAGAAAAAAGUCUACCUUCUUGCCAUUAAGGAGUAUAUUGCAAAUGGGAAGGAUGGUUACAGUAUGCUUAAAAGCUGCCCUCGGAUGUUUGAUACAGAAACCGCACAGAUCCUCUCUACAGUGGUCAUGAAUCACUUUGAAUCCAUCAAAAUUUUGCAAGGAAGGAAGAAAUGCCUUUCAGGCCAUCGGAUGAGUUUAAUUACUACUACAAACAAAUCACCAUCACUAACAGCCUUUGUGGAAGACUCAGAUAAGCCCUCAGCAAUAAUUGCAGUUCCUGGCAUAGAAGGACGGAUUUGCCAUAUUUCUCAGGAUAUGAAAGAACAUUUGCACCAACUCAGAACUGAAAGAAAACAAGGCUUAAGAACUUUCCCUACCAUUAGUGAUAAGACAUCUGAAAAUUCUGAUUCUGACUGA